CGGACAGCAGCGACUAGUUCUCAAGGAUCAAAGUCACCAGAAGCGAAGACACUCUUCAUAGCUAUUCUCCAAGCGUCCGAGCUUCAGAAAGGGGGGAUUCUCACUUCCAAUGGGACACUUCUCAACUUAGCUUCAACCACUGCUGACGACGGACAGAUAGCAUAAGUAGAAGUUCACAGCCAGAAAAGAAACUAUUUAGUAAGAGCUGUAGUGCUUCUUGUGAUAGUAGUACUUUUUCGGGUAUCCAUGGUGGCGCCUGCCCCGGUGCCUGCCCCGGUGUCCAUGGUGGCGCUUGGGCGGGUAAUACGGGUAAUACGAAGAAUACGAACGUCCCGCCACAUCCAUGUCUUCUGCAAUGUCAUUGUGCUCGAUGAGAUCGCCUUCCAUGGGAAUCUCGUCCACGACGGAAGCGACUGCGCACAGAGCCAGAAGGGCCAAGAGGAAAAACGUUCCGAUACGAAUCAUGGCAGCAAGGGCAAAAUGUGAGGUAUGAGCUUGCUGAAAGUCUCUUUGGUUCUUGCUUCAGUUGGAGAGAAAGCUGAUGAGAUGGGGCGACUGAGUUUGGUGAGGACUGGAACUGCUACUUUUAUAGCAUUGUAAAUCGCCAGAAUCAUGCAGAGUGUUCAACAGUUUCGAGUAGCAGUCACGAGUUUGAUCAAGGAGCAGCAAAGCAAAACUGCUUCAAAUGUUAGCUUUGCAUCCUACGAAAGCAAAAUAUUACCAUGCACAAGACCGCUUCAACGUUUGCUUCUUGACAGUGGUGAACUCAAGAUUGCAAUUAAAUUAGGGGUGCCUCCUUGCGAAAUCUUUUCAUGA